AAGAGAAAGAAAAAGGUGCUAAAUUUUAGCGCAUAUUGAGUGGAAUGGAUAUAAACACAAACGAGUAGUCAGGGACACGUCAGGGCACGUGGCACUUUGAAAGCGACUGAAACAAUUAUAUCCAAUCAAAUAACGCCAAGUUGCACUGUGGGAAUCAUUUUUGCAGUCCACAAACCGACUUUCUGUAUACGGCAAGAAUCAGGCGUGUUACUCGUACUCCUAAUUCACCGGAUUCGGACCUCCUCUCUCUCACACAUACAGGAGCAUUUUGGGAAAUAGUAUACAAAUAUACCGAUAUAAUUCGAAUUUGUUUGCAGGAGUUAUAUUGAUUGAUUCGAUUUCGAUUAUUUAUUAUUGUUGUUGGUGUUGUUGUUAACAAAUCUAAUCCAAAUAUAAUAUCUAAGUUGUCGCAACCAAUGCAACGGUUCGUUGACCAUACCCUCGCUGUCACCAAGGAGUCUGUUAAGACAUUGACGUAUGAGUCACUGAAUAAUGUUGUGAGAUUGAUUAAUGGAGUGUCAGCAUUAUUGUUGACAAUAUUGCCGGGGAAAUCUACUAUUCUUGAAGGUAUACAUGGUUGGGAACUACGUCCAACCUUUCGCGGACCUCGGCUUCCACAGUGGAUGGAGAAUGGCGUCUCAUCUUUUAACCAGUUCAUUCACGAACAUUCUAUUGAUUCUGAUACCUCCUCCUCCUCGAGUGUAGAUUAUUCAUCUUCAGAGGAAGAAGAAUAUUUUGAUGAAACCAUUUGUCCUCCAUCUCCACUUUCACAAAGUUCUCGGGUAUCUAGAGCUCGCAGUUACUCAAGGCGGAACAGGCAUUGGAUGUAUUGGUUCAGAUACAUCAUCUCAUGGUUACUGUUCCCUAUAAAAUUUAUAUUGGGCCUACCUUUGUUUAUAUAUGGUUUGGGUAGGGGAAGUAGAGCCACUCAGACAUCUGAGAGUUUCCAGUCUUCCCAUGUACAAUCUAGGAAGAGAUUACAGACACUCAGGGAGCAGUUUAUCCAGUCUGCCACUGACAGAAGACGCGGUGUUGUUGAGGACCUCCAUCUAGCAAUUGAGAUCACCAUAGAGGCUGUUUUUGAAUUUUUUCACAAGGCAGUAUACAGUCUUCUUUCACCAAUUGGCACUUUGAAGAAAGUGGUGAAGUGGUUUUUUUCUGACAACAGCGGUCAUCAGAACGUUCCCCCUGUUGAUUCAGGUGUCUCUGUUCCUGUGGAUACCCUUUCGGAGAGUGAUCCUACUCCUAGAGAACGGAAGACGGGCUUUCAUAUCCUCAACACAGAUGCUCGGACAUGUCAAGAUGUCAUUAUAGGGCUUGGAUACCCAUAUGAAGCGCUUCGUGUGGUUACUGAUGAUGGAUAUAUUCUCCUUUUGGAGAGAAUUCCAAGACGUGAUGCUCGGAAGGUUGUUUAUCUACAGCAUGGGGUUUUUGAUUCAUCCAUGGGUUGGGUAUCGAAUGGAGUUGUUGGUUCCCCAGCAUUUGCAGCCUAUGAUCAAGGGUAUGAUGUUUUCCUAGGAAAUUUCCGGGGAUUGGUCUCGAGAGAGCACGUUGACAAGAAUAUAUCCUCACGUCAAUACUGGAAGUACUCUAUAAAUGAGCAUGGGACACAUGAUAUACCUGCAAUGAUAGAGAAGAUCCACAAAACAAAAGUUACUGAAUUGGAAAAUAGCCAAAGAAAUGUGGAGGAAGAGAGUGGCAAUGAUCAGCCUUACAAACUUUGUGCAAUUUGUCAUAGUUUGGGAGGAGCUGCUAUUCUAAUGUACCUCCUAACACGUCGAAUUGCGGAAAAGCCCCAUAGGCUUUCAAGAUUAAUCCUAUUAUCGCCUGCUGGGUUUCAUCAUGAUUCCAAUCCCGUAUUCACAAUGAUGGAAUACUUAUUCUUGCUAUUGUCUCCUCUACUUGCCCCUUUUAUGUCAGCUUUCUAUAUUCCCACUCGGUUUUUCCGCAUGCUGUUUAACAAAUUGGCCCGAGACUUCCACAACUUACCAGCAGUUAGAGGCCUUGUGCAAACUCUCAUAAGUUAUUUGGUUGGUGGAGACAGUUCCAAUUGGGUUGGAGCCUUAGGGUUGCCACACUACAAUAUGAAUGACAUGCCAACUGUUUCAUUCCGCGUGGCUCUUCAUUUGGCACAGAUCAAGAACAGACGGAAGUUUAUAAUGUUCGACUAUGGGAGUGCAGCUGCGAACAUGGAAGCUUAUGGUUCCCCUUGGCCUUUAGAUUUGGGGGAAUACUAUUUCCUUAUUGAUAUUCCGGUUGAUCUUGUUGCUGGGCAAAAGGACCAGGUCAUUAGGCCAUCCAUGGUAAGGAAACAUUAUAAGCUGAUGAAGGAUGCAGGUGUGGAGGUGUCAUAUAAUGAGUUUGAGUAUGCUCAUUUGGAUUUUACAUUUUCCCAUCAUGAAGAACUAUUGGCAUAUGUUAUGUCUCGAUUAAAUUUAGUAGGUGCUUCUAUGAAGCAGCAACCCCGUCCGAAACCUUUGAAGAUCAGGAGAAAAGAGGGGCAGGUCAGCAGCAGUCGUUAAAAGUGUAGCACUAACGAUAGCCAGACCCGUCUAAUAUCUUGGGUAUUCCUUGUAAUACAUGUAUGUCACUUAGACAGAAAAAUAUAGAGAAUGCAGAAUCAGGAUAGAGUACUAGUGGUUACGCCAUCCUCUUUGUUUCAUUCCAAUAUCCUACUCCCAAGGAAGUGGAAUUGUACUGGAUUUUGUGCCCUAGUGUGUUGUAUGGUUUUGUGUAUAUUUUGACUGUAUAUUGCAACUUGUAAAGGUGUACUUUUUUUUUGUAAGCUUCAGUGAAAUCGUCCAAACUCUUAAA